CUCUUAUUUUGUCAUUUAACGAUUUUCUGCUUCGCAACUUUGACCUCAUUCGUCAUCGACCUUUCACCGUCACCUGACUUGACGUCAGCUUGCGAGCGACACAUGCCGUGACGUUUGGGCCAAAAGUGUUGCUCUGGUUACCGGAGCUACGGAGGGCGACGUUUACUUGUCCUUCAAACAGCUGUUUAAAUCUUCAAAACUAGAAAUUGUCGUAAAAAUGUAGUAUUUCAUAAUAUUUACCAAAAAAACUGACGAUACUGUUGCUGUAAUGAUAUAAGUUGACAUUAAUAACAUUACGGUUAUUAGUUUGAGGUUAUUGAAGUUGAACAAAGGUUCUUUGGAGAUGACACCCACUGGUGGAGAACUUACCUCAUCUCUGAGUCAACUUCUUGGUGACUUUGAUCUGAAGUCUUAGUCAGGACGGAGGAGCAGACGGAGCUGCAACAACAGGAUUGAUGCAGGCACGAGUUGAGACAAACAGACGAUGGGUCGUAGUGGUUCAUACAGUUGAAGAGGUUUCUGAGCAGAGUGUAGUCCGUCACCUCGCCCUCAUGGACGUCCUCAGUCACAGCAUGCGUGUCCCAGAGCGCCUGGGCGUCAGCCCCAGGCAGCACUGGCAGAGGGAGGAGGACGGAGACAACGUCCCAUCACUUUUCACCAUGCAGGUCCCUGAUAGGCUGACAUACACAGCCCCCGACAUGAGCCCCAGUCCGAUGUUUAACCAAGCCAGGACCAUGAUCUGUGGUACCAUGAGUCUGGACCCGUGCUGGGAAGGCGGUUCUGGAGAGAUGUUCUGCAUAGAAGCGCUGCCGAGUCCGAUGCGGCGGUCGUUCAGUGACCAGAACUUCAGCAGAACUCCGCCCGACGCUCCGUCUCCUCUGAAGCAGGCGCUGCUGGUUCCCAGAGCUCCGUCCAACCCCAGUGGUUCAGGUCUCGUCCUCGUCCGUCCCCAGACCAGCAGCCGCCCUCAGACCCAGACUCCGCCCGCCCCCGCCCCCCCCCUCAGCUCCCUGUCCUUUCACCAUGUGGUGACGGCUGCCAAGCAGCUGGGCCGAAGAGCAUCAGAGCGCCUCCUGCAGAUGAUGGCUCAGAAAUACAGAUUUGGACACAAAGAGAAGCCGUUUCAUCCAGGAAGAACCCGACCGAAGGUUCCUGCGUCAGCUGACCUGGAGAACAACGAAGUGAUGGACACCUGGAGUCCAGUGGAGGACGGGGGAGGAGCUGCAGUGGAGUUCAUCAUCCUCAGGAGACAGGUGAUGAAGAUGAACCGUCGGCUGGCAGCGCUGGAGAAGAACAACACGGAGCGGAGGAGCACCGAAGUCAUCCUCUUCUCUGUGAUCGUUUCUGCAUGUCUGCUCAACACCUGGCUGUGGGUCCGCAGAUAACACACACACACACACACACACACAUUUAUAUACCGUGGGGCUCCAGGAUACCAGUCUAAUCUGUUCAUCAACUUCACUCGUGUCGAUUGAACUAAUUAACAAUUAAUUAAUUACUCCAGAAAAAUACUAUUAAUCAAUUAAAUUAACCCCCAUCUAAACAUCAAAAACAUAGAUAUAAACAAAUACACUGAUAUUAUAAAAUAAUAAUAAUAAUUAAGAAUGGGUAAAAUAACACGAGAGGAAACAGCGCCACAGUGUGGAGUGAAAAUGGAGCUGGUUUGACACUGGUAACUGGAUGUUUCCUGGUAUAUUUCCUGGUCUUCUCACUGCGGUGGUUUCAAACACGUCAGAGUGAC